GCCGCACCGGGCGCCCGCCUCGCCUCUCGCCUCGCCGCCGCGGCGGGACCCGCGGAGCGGAGCGGGCCGGGCGGCCGUGCCGCCGCCGCCGCGGGGCGGGACCGCCCCCCCUCGCCCGUCCGCCGAGGAGCCCGGCCACGCUCUCUUCCCUCCUGCUUCCUCACUGUGGUGGCUGGGCUGUUUCUCCCAUGACUCUCUGCGUCUAGACCUGGCUGUCCCGUGCCUUUGCCAAUCAAACCUGAGCUUCCUCCUCUGACAGUGAAGAGAGGGGCUCCUGCCCUUCUGGCUCAUUUUUCCCACCCUCACCUUGACACCAAGCCGCCUCUGCUUGUGCCUCCCCGUGCCCCCCGCCCUGCCCACCCUGGGCACCCGUCACCCAUGGACGACUCGGAAGUGGAGUCGACCGCCAGCAUCCUUGCCUCUGUCAAGGAGCAGGAGGCACAGUUCGAGAAGCUGACCCGGGCCCUGGAGGAGGAACGGCGCCAUGUCUCAGCCCAGCUGGAGCGAGUCCGGGUCUCCCCACAGGACGCCGGCCCGGGCUUGGCCAACGGCACGCUCACCCGGCGGCACCAGAACGGACGUUUCCUGGGCGAUGCUGACCUGGAAAGGCAGAAAUAUUCAGAUCUGAAGCUCAACGGGCCACAGGACCACAGCCACCUCUUGUACAGCACAAUCCCCAGGAUGCAGGACCCGGGCCAGAUCGUGGAGGAGACGUACACCAUGGAGGAGGACCCAGAAGGGGCCAUGUCGGUCGUGUCUGUGGAGACAUCAGAUGAUGGGACAACUCGGCGUACAGAGACCACGGUGAAGAAGGUGGUGAAGACUGUGACCACCCGGACGGUGCAGCAGGUGCCGGUGGGCCCUGACGGGCUGCCUUUGGAAACGUCCCCCGUCACCAGCAACUACGUCCAGACCAUGGACAGGAACUUCCGCAAGAACGGCAACGGGGGCCCCGGCAGCUACCUGGGCCAGGCGGGCACGGCCACCCUCCCUCGCAACUACCACUACCCCGACGGCUACGGCCGCCCCUACGAGGACGGGUACCCGGGCAGCGACCACAGCUACGGCAGCCUGUCCCGCGUCACCCGCAUCGACGAGCGCUACCGGCCCUCCGUGGACACCUACCGCGCCCCCAGCCGCCAGGACAUCUACGGCCCCCAGCCCCAGGUGCGCGUCGGGGGCAGCAACAUGGACCUCAACCAUUUCCACCCCGAGCCCUACGGCCUGGAGGACGACCAGCGCAGCGUGGGCUUUGAAGACGUGGACUACGGGCUCAUGUCUGACUAUGGCACGGCCAGGAGGGCGGGCACCCCCUCUGAUGCUCGGCGGCGGCUCAGGAGUUAUGAAGACAUGCUGGUGGAUGAAGUGGCCCCCGACCGGUACUACUGGGCCCCGCUGGCCCAGCACGAGCGGGGCAGCCUGGCCAGCCUGGACAGCCUGCGGAAAGGCGGCCCGGCCCCGGGGAACUGGCGCCAGCCGGAGCUGCCGGAGGUCAUAGCCAUGCUGAGCUUCCGGCUGGACGCCGUCAAGUCCAACGCAGCCGCCUACCUGCAGCACCUGUGCUACCGCAACGACAAGGUGAAGACGGAGGUGCGCCGGCUGAAGGGCAUCCCCGUGCUCGUGGGGCUGCUGGAUCACCCCAAGAAGGAGGUGCACUACGGUGCCUGCGGAGCUCUCAAGAACAUCUCCUUCGGCAAGGACCAGGAUAACAAGAUCGCCAUCAAGAACUGCGACGGGGUGCCCGCGCUGGUGCGCCUGCUGCGCAAGGCCCACGACAUGGACCUCACCGAGGUCAUCACAGGGACGCUGUGGAACCUGUCCUCGCACGACUCCAUCAAGAUGGCCAUCGUGGAUCACGCACUACAUGCCCUGACCGAUGAGGUGGUCAUUCCCCGCUCCGGCUGGGAGCGGGAGCCCAACGAGGAUUCCAAACCCCGCCACAUAGAGUGGGAGUCGGUGCUCACCAACACCGCUGGCUGCCUUAGGAAUGUGAGCUCAGAACGGAGCGAGGCCCGUCGGAAGCUGCGGGAAUGUGACGGGCUGGUGGACGCCCUGAUCUACAUCGUGCAGUCUGAGAUUGGCCAGAAGGACCUGGACAGCAAGCUGGUGGAGAACUGUGUGUGCCUGCUGAGGAACCUGUCCUACCAAGUCCACCGUGAGAUCCCCCACGCUGAGCGCUACCAGGAGACGCCCCUUGUCCCUGCCAACAACACUGGGCCCCACAAUGCCAGCUGCUUCGGGGCCAAGAAGGGCAAAGACGAGUGGUUCUCCAGAGGUAAAAAGCUCCCAGAAGACCCUGGUGCCGACACAGUGGAUUUUCCCAAAAGAACAACUCCAGCCAAAGGCUACGAGCUCCUCUUCCAGCCAGAAGUGGUGCGGAUAUACAUCUCCCUCCUGAAGGAAAGCAAGACCCCAGCCAUCCUGGAGGCCUCGGCAGGAGCCAUCCAGAACCUGUGCGCUGGCAGCUGGACGUACGGCCGGUACAUCCGCUCAGCCCUGCGCCAGGAGAAGGGGCUCUCCGCCAUCGCCGACCUCCUGACCCACGACAGCGAGCGCGUGGUGAAAGCGGCAUCGGGGGCCCUGCGCAACCUGGCCGUGGACCUGCGCAACAAGGAGCUCAUCGGCAAACAUGCCAUCCCCAACCUAGUGAAGAACCUGCCUGGAGGCCAGCAGACCCCUGCCAAAAACCUCUCUGAGGACACGGUGGUGUCAAUCCUCAACACCAUCAAUGAAGUGAUCGUGGACAACCUUGAGGCGGCCAAAAAGCUCCGGGAAACACAGGGGAUUGAGAAGCUUGUGCUGAUCAACAAAUCUGGGAACCGGUCCGAGAGAGAAGUCCGGGCAGCCGCCCUUGUCUUGCAGACAGUCUGGGGCUAUAAGGAGCUGCGGAAGCCCCUUGAGAAGGAAGGCUGGAAGAAGUCAGAUUUCCAGGUGAACCUGAGCAAUGCCUCUCGGACCCAGGGAGGCAACUCCUUUGAUGACAGCACCUUGCCUCUCAUUGACAGGAACCAAAAAACAGACAAGAAAUCCUCCCGGGAGGAGAUCCAGAUGAGCAACAUGGGACCAGACAACUAUUCCACACUCAACGAGAGGGACCACAGCAGGACGCUGGACCGAUCCGGUGACCUCGGAGAGAUGGAUCCGGUGAAGGCAGCGCCGCUGAUGCAGGAGGAGGGGCAGGAGUCGCAGCCUGAGGUAGAGGAGGAGGCGGAAGAUGCUGCUGUGCCCUCCCCUGUGUCGCAGAAGAUCUAGUUGGCCUCCCUGCCUCUGUUCCAUUUGGGUUGAUAAUAUAUUAUAUUAUAAAUAUAUAACUCUUCAUGGUGGAAUGGACCGACUUUUACCUUGUCUUACUGUUGGAAUUUUGCUGGACUCUCUGUGCCAACCAUCCAGCCAAACGCCUGGGCCGGGUCCCCAGGGCAGCCCGGGCCACUCGGUCCCCUCUGGGCCGCUGCACCUCCCUGCUCUGGGACACCACCACUGAGAACUCCUCCUCCCGUCCUCCACCACCUCCUUCCUCCUGAGAGUAAAACCUUCCUGCCUGACUCUGCCGCAUCAGCCGGCGUGGAUGCUGCACAAGGACUCGGAUCUCUGCCUUGACCAGGAGCUGCCUUCUCUCCCACGCCUUCCCCCUGCUCCCAGGUGUCUUGCAGGGACAGGGACUGGGACCUCACUCGCCGCCGCCUUGUUUUUGGUUUGGUUUUGUUGCCUAUAGGAUAUAUUUUUUCGUGUGGGAUCACUCUUCAACCAGCGCUGUGGGGACAGCGGGAGCAUCCCUUCCCCCUGAGGGCUGCAGGACCAGAGUGCAGGGGCUGGAGGCACAGGGGCCAGGGGAAGGAAAACCAGCAAUAAUGUCUCUUGCUUUGCUCUAGAUGAGGCUUUGGGGGCAUGGGAAGGGAGAUCCAGCUCGGGAUGCUGCAGGGGUUCUGGAUGGGGCCCUGGCUCCCACCCAGUGCCUGUGUGAGGAGGAUCCUUCUGUGGGGAAGGAGGUCAGUGCUGGGGCGUGGGCCAGGGUCCCUGUGGAGGGAGGAGAUGCGGCAGGGUUUUGGGGAGAGCAGGCGGCUCGGGGCGCACUGUGCCGGGCACCUGGAGCCGGGAUCCCGCAGCGCUGCCCCGCUGACUUUAUCUUGACACGUGCCUUUCUUUUGCCACUGUGAAAUAGCUCUUUGAAUCGUACUGUCCAGCUGCUUCCCUGGGAAAGGGGAGAUUCCUGGGCUUCCGGCAGGGCUGAGCUCUUCCUUUCCCCGCUGGGAGCCUUACCUGUCUGCAGUGGGGCUGGGAGCCUGUUUUGGGGGGAGCCCAACCCUCCUGCCCUCGCUGAGAGGGCGCGGGGUGCUCAUCUGCAUCCUGGCCUGGGCUGCCACGGGAGUUGGGAUGUGCUCUUCCUCCUCUGGCUGUGGUGCUGGGGCACAUCCAUGUGCUGUGAUCUUUUGGGGGUCCCUGGGGCUCCCUGUGCAACUGGAAGCCUCUGUAGGAGGCUGCAAACUGGAGCAGGAACCCUCCCAGCCCGGGGCUCCCUGCCGGGCAGGCUCUCAGGGCAUGGGGAGGUGGCAGGGGCAGAGCUGGUGCCUUGCUCCUGCCCCACUUCCCCCCCAGCUCUGGCUGGGCCUGCCCUGCUUCCAGCCCCACCUCAGCUCAGUUGGGUUUUGUUCUGGGGUCUAACUCUUCUCUUUUCCUUUAAAUAUGUAAAACACUAAUUCCUUUUUUAAUUUUUAAUUCCAAAUGAACCAAAAAACAGCGUCCCCCUUCUCUCCUCCUUGGCCCUGGUGGGGAGGGGGGCCAAGGAGGUGGGGAGGGGGAAGCGCCAAGCCGUUCCUUGUCUGAUUCCUGUGCACACUCUUGUAACGCUUUUAAAACAAAAUGAUUUUUUUAUAUAAAUAAAGUUUUUAAAGUGUGA